CAAUCCAUUGUUCAGUACCUGUGAUGUGAAGUCAUUUAUCGACCUGCCCAAAGGUUUUUAUACUGCUAGUGAUGACAAAUAAUGGUUUCGCUGGAUUCUAAAGGAAAUGUGCUGGAAACAUUGACAGAUGGAGAUUUAACAGAGACCUUUUCUCCAGGCAAAGAUGAUCAUGUAACAUUUUCAUCCACUGUUUCAUCCAUCCAAGGUCGAGAUGUAGUUCCCCUGUACAAAGGGGUGCUGUCUCUGCCAGUAGCCCCGGAACACGGAGCUCCAGAUGUGCUCACCACGAAGGGGUUUGAACUCCUGGAAACCACCACGCUGCCCAUUCUUUCAGGUGUGACGCACAAUGGAUGGGAUGACUUGCCCACUCUAAAACCAGCGCUCCCAUCUAAUGUGCAACUCAGCUUGACAUGUGGAUACAUAACGGUGUUUGGCUUGAUAUUUGUUCUGGUCUAUGGACAGCUAUGGAUGAUAUGGUACUACAGGCAUAAACGACUCAGCCACCAGACGCUGUUUUUGUUUUUAUGCUUAAUUUGGUCAGGCCUGCGGACAUCUUUGUUUUCAUUCUACUUCGAUAACUGUGAUACGGCAAAUGACCUGGAUAUUCCACUCUAUUGGCUGUUGUACAGUUUUCCUGUUUGUCUGCAGUUUUCCAUGCUAUGCUUGCUGCUGCAUUUUUUUGCUCAGGUUGUGUUCAAAGCAAAGGCAAAAUAUGAACCAGCUCAGUACAAACGACCCCUGCGACUGUUCCUAGGUGGUUCAGUGCUUGGGUUUAUGGCCAUGAACUUAGCAUGUGCCAUCAGCACCAAGCAGUAUGAGUUCAAGUACCGGUCGCCGCCCCAUUUCAUCCUUUACAUACGGGUAUCGCUCACCGAGGCCAUGUUCCUGAUCUAUGGCAUUCUCUUGAGUGUCUGCAUCUUCAAGAUGACGAAGAUGGCAUCGUCCCGGAGAGUUCUCGAAGCUAAGGGCACAACUGUCUUCAAAGCUGUCGUGGCGACCGUUCUCAUCAACCUUCUGUUUCUGUCCCGCACUGUGUACAACCUCAUUUCUGUCACGCCGGCCAUGAAAGGCAUGGCCAACUUUGGAUAUGAUUGGAUCAACGUCAGCGACCAAGCUGAUGCUGUUCCUGGUCUGUCUCGGGGCCUAGCUUAUGUGUCCUUCGGCAUUGUCCUGUUCGUGUGGGAGGUGCUGCCGAUAUCCAUUGUGGUCCUGUUCUUCCGAGUCAAAAGACGCCACUUUGAACCAGUUUUGACUGACUUCUCCACUCAGAGUCAGGGCUCCAGAGUGUUUUUCUUUGACAAUCCCCGCCGUUAUGACAGCGAAGAUGAUUUGUCCUCGCAGACAGGCUCCAACUCACACUCUGAUGGCACAUUGUCGAGAUCAAACAAUGGGGAGAUUACUCGGACUAGGACAGCCAGGACCACGCCCCGAGGCACACCUGUGAAUGGCACCAUGUAUGGCUCAAUGUCUGCUCGGUCUGCCAGCUCUGGAAUACUCAGCGUCCACGGUCACUCUGGGACUGCGGGCCCAGCGACCUACGGGGUCACCAACGGCUCAAUCCAGAUGCCCCCCGGUGUUGUGCAGAACCUUAAUAGAAAAAUGGUUGUAUAAAAUUGUGGAUUUUUUUCCUCCCCCCAUCUUGUGAACCCGAUCAUCAUGUAGAAAUGAUGAUUGCGAUAAGUGCAUUAGCCAAUUUUGCAUUUUACUCAUGUCUUUCAUCAACAUGUUUUCAAUGUUGAGCCUCGGGUGGUGUUUUUUUUUCUUUUUUUUUUUUAAAAUGAAAUAUAUAUGCCCUAAAAGAAAAUUUUUGAUAAAUAAUAAAAAUAAGUACAUAUAUGUCAAAGUCUUUUUUUUGACCCAUAAACUGUAAUUUUGCACGGUGGCAUUGUGGGCUUAUUUCUAUACAUAAUAUUAUGGGAGUGUUUUGUACUUGGACCAAGUCAUUACUCUUUUUUUCUUUACAAAAAUAAGACAUGAAAGUAUUUUAUAUUUUAACCAAAUCAUUUAAUGUCUGAUCAAAAUUUUUUUCAGGGAUGUAAGAUAUGCUAUGAAUGUAUCUGAUGUGAUUUAUUACAAACACAUAGUUAAAUAUUUUUUACUGUACAUUUGCUUUUCAUGUAUUGGCUUGUUGUGCCUGCCAUGACUUUUACCUAACGGAUACCGGUUUCGUGCUGCUAUUAUGCCAUGACCACAGAAAUUUACGGAUGGCCGUCAUUUUAGUUAAUUGUUCUGGGCUAUAAUAUGGGUGGCCUUGGUUCAAGUCUUAUAAAGGGUGCUCUUGGACUUGGGUAGUUUAGACAGCUCACAUGGUUCGACCCUAUUAGAGAUGAUUGUUGAAUUCAGAGGUUCCAGCCUCUCAGUCUUAAAUAACCUGACAGUAUUGAAAAGAAAAUAUAAAAUUUCCAGUGGUAUUUUUUUGCCAAAAUAUAGGUGGUUUAGGUGUCUACAAAUGUAAAUUUACGAGUUUGAAAAA